AUGGAUGGAUUUCACCAACAAACCGUAGGAGCCUUGCAAUUGGUACAGAACUUCCUUCGCGAGUUGAUAGAACUCCAAGUCGUUGUCUUUGUCGAAAUAAUAUUUGAACAGCUUGGCAAUAACUUCAGUAUCGGUGUCGGAAUUGAAAACAUAGCCUUUACUUUUCAAAAGGGUCUUCAAUUCUCUGUAAUUGGUGAUGAUACCAUUAUGGACCACGAUGAACUCGUUUUUCGGGUCGGAAGGCUGAGGAUGGCAGUUCAAUUGGGUGACUCCUCCGUGGGUGGCCCAUCUAGUGUGAGCAAUACCAACGUGGUUUGCAAAAGUCUCGGACGUGUUCAAGUUAUGGGACUUGAUCUCGUCCUUGAGAUUGGCCACCUUGCCGACUUGCUUGUAGAUAGCAAUCUCCUUGGCUGGAGAAGACUCGUCAAACUCGUUUUCUCCAUCAAUACCAAUUCCCGCCGAGUCAUAUCCCCUAUAUUCCAAUUUGGAAAGACCUUCCACCAGAGUGUCGAUGAUUUGACCUCUGGAUUUGCCCACGUUGUAGUUGGCGUAACCAAAAAUACCACUGAAACGUUAGUCUCCGGGGGGAACCUGUGUUUUGUAUACUUACCACAUGGUUGA